CACUGUGGAUCUAUCUACAACAAACAGACAUUUUCCUUCAUUUUAAAAGGAUAAGCAGAGAGAAUGGAUCCAACUGAAGUUCCUGAAUAUUACUACGAAUAUGAUGAGGCAGAAAACUCCUCCAUGUGCGAUUACUCUGAGUGGGCACCAUCCUACUCAGUCAUCCCAGUGCUCUACAUGCUCAUUUUCAUCCUUGGUCUCUCUGGAAACGGGGUGGUCAUCUUCACCGUGUGGAGAGCCCAGGGCAAGUGGCGAGCUGCUGACGUCUACAUCGGAAACCUGGCCCUUGCUGACCUCACCUUCGUGGUGACUCUGCCUCUGUGGGCCGUUUACACAGCCAUGGGAUACCACUGGCCGUUCGGAGUGGCCCUGUGUAAGAUCAGCAGCUAUGUGGUGCUGCUCAACAUGUACGCCAGCGUCUUCUGCCUCACCUGCAUGAGUUUCGACCGCUACCUGGCCAUUGUCCACUCUUUGUCCAGCACCCAGCUGCGCACCCGUGGUCACAUGCGAACCUCCCUGACAGCCAUCUGGGUGCUUUCAGGUCUUCUGGCCGCCCCAACUCUGGUCUUCCGCACCACCAAAUAUGAUGAAUCCAGCAACCGCACCUCCUGCGCCAUGGACUUCCACCUGGUGGUGACAAAGAGAGACCAGGAAAGCUUUUGGAUUGCUGGUCUCAGCCUCUCCUCCUCAGCUCUUGGCUUUCUUCUGCCUUUCCUAGCAAUGAUGGUGUGCUACUGCUUCAUCGGCUGCACCGUCACCCGCCACUUCAACACUCUCCGCAAAGAGGACCAGCGUAAGAGGAGGCUGCUGAAGAUCAUCACCACGCUGGUGGUGGUCUUUGCCGCCUGCUGGAUGCCCUUCCACCUAGUGAAGAGUGCUGAUGCCCUCUCCUACCUGGAUCUAUUGCCUUCCACCUGUUACUUCCUGCGCUUCCUGCUGCUGGCUCACCCCUACGCUACCUGCCUGGCCUACGUCAACAGUUGCCUCAAUCCUUUUCUUUAUGCCUUCUUUGACUUGCGCUUCAGAUCCCAGUGUCUGUGCCUGCUCAACCUGAAGAAGUCCUUGCAUGCCAGCCCUGCCAGCUCUCAGUCCUCCCAGAAGACAGAGGCUCAGUCUCUGGCCACGAAGGUGUGACAAAUGCUGAGGGCCCAGAGUUGUGCUGGGGAAGAGGUGAACAAUACAGAACAAUGCAGGUAAAUCAAACCAUUGCAGCGUUGGACACACAGAUCGUCUGCAGUCAGUUUCAGGGUGUCACCUUUGCUCCCCGGGAAGGGACGUGUGGCAAAAAACUGAACAAAAACUGAACAACUUAAUACAAGGGACCAAGCAUAAACCCAGAGUAUGGAAUGUAUUUCUGUUGGUUCUCCUGUGGACAAUGUGCUGAACUAUGAACUCUGAAAAGCAGUCCUCAAGUCACACUGAAGUGUGUAUUACUCAUGCUUUUUUUAUUUUGAUUUGUAAGCACUUGAGGUGUGAUAUCUAGCAGACUGCCCUGCUCUCCAGCUCCAACUGUAAUGUCUGCACCACAGCUAGCAGUGUUACGUCUGUGUAUGUGUGUGCAUCUGCGUGUGUGCAUGUAGGAAGGGUGUGCCAAGCGUCGAGGUGUUGGAGUCUGAUAAGAGUGUUGUAAGGAGAG